AUGACGCAAAAGGCGCUUGAAAACCUCAUACGCGAGUUACAUAAAACAAUAUCCGUGCUUGUGAUUAAAGUUGGUGAACUUGAAACAAAAAUAAGUGAGCAAAAUGUAAUUAUCUCUCAACUAAAAUCAGUUACACCUAACCAUCAAGUACCUUCAAUUGGUGAAACGGCAUUUAUUACCCUCACAAACGCCGACACUGAAGUUGUUGAUACCGAGCCCUUACAGCGCUUAACGCGCCCAGCUCGUCUAAAAGCCGUUGAAGCCAUCAGCGGUAAAGCAACGAAGAAACAAAAACCGUCGAGCGCUGUUGAAGCUAGAAAGACUCGUGCGCACAACGAAGACGAACCGAAGACACCCGACGGCGCCCGAGAGUUACCCGUUGCAAUGACGACGUGUGGGGCCAUGAAAUCGACCUACGCAGAUGUGGCGAACGUUACAUCUGAGUAUUCUUCAGUCGUGAUUCAUAAAUCGGAUGAAGGGAUAGAUAAUGGAAUCGAACGCGGUACAGCAUGGAUCAACCUCGUCGUUUCCGUCGUUCUGUAA